GGCAAUUUACUUCACAGUCCUUGAAUACACAGAGCAUCUGUUACUUCGUCAAAACCACCAGAGUGGCAACAUCCUUCUGAAGCAAAGGCUAUGUAUACAAAACUUGGCUUUUGUGCUACCCAGGAAAUAUAAGUAAAUGAAGCAAUGGGUCUUUUAUAAAUCAUAUGAGUUUCAAAAGCAGGUUGCUGCUUCUAGUAAGGCAAGUGGGUUACCUUACUCUUUUAAUAUGGCUUAGUGUAUCUGACACUGCAUGAUCUUGAGUCCAAGUGCUGAUGAGAUGGCUGUGACAAAAAAUGACAAAAUUCAGGGUCUGCAUAGAGCCUCAGUUUCUCCAGUUCUUUACAGUGACUAAUUAUAUCCCCUUCUGAUCCUUUCUUCUUGGUUCAGUAGGUGGAGCUGUAACAUCUAUUCACACUUUCCCUUAUCUAAGAUACAACAUUGUGGAUGCACUGACAAGUAUUAACGUUGGGUUCCCAGCAUUGCACAUGUUUAUCCAUGUUAUACAAGUUGACAUUUUGCAUCCUUUUGAAAUUGCAUAUAAGAAGGAAUCUCAAGUUCUGUGCUCAAUAUGAUAGUUGAGAGAAGCAAGCAGUCUCUGUUUCUAAUAUAAAAUCUUCAGCUCUUGGAUGCCUGUUCUCUACUGCUCAAAAGGACACAAAACAUGUUUCUGCUUAAUUUUAAAAUUUGGGACUUUGAAAAGAAAUCAUCUCUGAUUUAGUUCAUUUUGCUCAUCUUGCUAGUUUCCAGUUUGAAACAGACUCUUUGGAGCAAUCAAGAAUUCAUGGACUCAUCUCAUUAAUUGUUUUUGACUUUAAUAUCAUAACAAAUCCACUGACAAUUGUUAGUUUUCAUGUUCGUGAGUAAUUUACGCUUUAUACUGUCAAAGAAAGCUUUUUAACAGAGCACUAUUAGAUAAAUGGACAUUUCUGGUAAUUUUUGCAAAAUUACUCAUAAAAAUUCAGUGCUAGUGGGGGGAAAAAAAGAGCCUGGUAAUGAGACUAAUUCACUUUUCAAAUGUUACAGUAUCAUUUGAGCAAUCUCACAUCAUCUUAAAUCAUUUUCAAGUCUAAGAACCCUUUCCCAUUUCAAUUUUCUCUGGAAAGCUUUCUGUAAAAGCAAUGAGAGUAUCCAAAUUAAUUUGAAAGAUCACAAAAUUGCUAUUUCUUUUUAGAGGCAGAGCUAUCUUGCACUGAUCUCUUGUAUGCAAAAUUAUCUUAAUGAUAUCUCCUUUCAUCUUCACGUUCUCCCUUGAGCAGUUUGAGUGCUUUCUGGCUCUCAGCGGUUGCAGCUAAAUACUUAAAGCAUGCAUCAGAAAUGCUGUAGUCUUGAGUUUGUCUUCUUUUCCUUCUAGGAGCUGCUUUGAUAGAGAGCCAGUGACAUCUUUUCACCAAGUAUGAUGUUAACCUGUGGUUCCCAACCUUUUUAAUUUUAUUCUUAUAUGGGAGUUCCUUCCUAACGUGAGGCUCCCCUUCGCCGUCACUGCCUUUCGGUACUGGGCCCUCAGGUGCUACAGCUGGGCAAUACAGCUGCGUCCUAGGGUCUUGUCCGCUUCCUUGGGCAGGAGGGCAUUGGGGAGGUGGGUGCGAGGGAUGCAGAAAGCCAGGUUCAUCUGCAGCAUUAGUGCCUUGGUGCCUCUCUUUCGCUAUUGGUGGUGCCGCCUCCAGACAGGCAGGCAGGCAGGCAGCAUGUCCUGCAGAGCUCAGCCGGCUGUGUCCCACGCAGCGAGUUACCUUGUGCACAGGGCGUCUCCUGGCCCAGGUGCACGCUCUGCCAGAGACGAGAAAGGGUGAGAAAACCAUGAGCGAUUUAUAAAGUUUUUUCUUGUUAACUCUUGUACAAGUUUUUCCACAGUCACUAGCAAUCUGUGACUGUAUGCUCAGUUUUAGCUUAAAAUACUGCUGUCCCACUUGGCAAAUGUUACCGCCAACAUGAGUGUUAUCCAAGAGACUUUGUCUAAUCAGUUGAGUAGUCAGCUUGAAUUAAGCAAAUCCAUUUGGAUGAAUCAAAGAGCAGCCCGUGGCUGUGGUGUAUUUGUUUAAUGGUAUCUGGUAGGUAUGCAUGCUGGAUACCUUGGAUGCAGACAUUAUGGUUUCUUUCCUUUGGCCUCAUGAAAUUCAAAAGCACAUCAGCUGGACUUCUGAAAACAAUACUGCAAAGAUGAGAGUCAAAGGUGACUUUUAGAUUCUACGUUCGUAUUGGGUGGCAGAUCAUUUUUCAAGAAACCUAUUUAAAUUUACUGACAUCAAGGUGCUGAGUGUUGCAGACUCAGGUAUUAUUGCUCUGCCAUUACAUAGUCCUAAAUACAUUAAAAAACGUUAUAUGUGCUUGUAACUGUCUUGGGAGGAGUAAAAUCUACCCUUUGAGGAAAUGAUUUGUUGUACUCCCUUGCAUGUAUCCCUUCAUUUCAUUGUCAUUAAAAAAUGCCACAAUGAAUGAAGUUAAAAGGGAAAAGCAUAGCUCGAGAUUGGUAUACAGUAUCAAGCCGCUGGCUCUAUUUUGCUGAACUGUGUGCAUGCUCAAAUUGCUUUUCAGUACGCACUUGUGGUUUACAAAGUGCUAAGGCUUAUUUGCCAAUAAAAAGUAUUUUUUUAUUGUUUAACUGUCUCAUAAACUUUCUGUAAACUUGCAGAGUCUUAAGACUUUUUAGAAACAGCAUCAAGUGUCAUGGAUGGGAGUAUUACCUCAUUUUAAAGAAAAAUCUUGCUUGGCAAGCAAGACGGUGAUUUAAUUGCUCUCAGGAAUGAUAAAGAGAAGAGGAGUAGGAAGAGAGGAUUCUGGGUAAGCUAUCAGCAGCAUAAAGAAACAUUUUCAAAUAAAUUAGCCUAUUAAUAUAUACUGUUCUCCUGUACAUCUUCAGUUAAAAAAAAGCAUAUGCAAACUUCCUAAUUGGAUCAUCUGAUUUCUCCAUGGUAAUGGACCUGCAUUUUAAUAGUAGAAGGGAAAAACUACUUUAAAAAAUGGAAAUUCUUCUUUCUGUGAAAGAAUGUUUUUCUUCUCUUUUUCCUUGUUUUCUUCCUCAUCCCUUUAAAAAUAAAUUCUUCCCCAAAUGGAAAUGUACUAAUUUCAAACAUACUACUGCAAAAUUAUCGCAAAGCGUCAAAAUUUCCAGGUUUCCUACAAGAGAGACUUAAUUUGAGGCUAACGAAAUUACAUUUUAGUUAUUCCCUGGAUGUCUGGGAGCUAUGAAAGUCUAGCUGCGGGAAGUAGCCCUCCUUUUUUCUGUACAGCUUCAAGCCUGCCUUCUGCUUCCUUUCUUGGUUUUGUCAAAAAGAGCCAGCAGUCAACAUGUUCCUACAGAAUAUUCUGGUUUUGUUGAAUAAGUCUUUUCUAGUUGUUGCAGUAUGGGUUGUUCUCUAUCCUUUCUGCAUCCUCGAGUCUGUAAUUGACCCUCAUUUUUUCACCCAAAAUGGGCUUGUAACCUGAGCGGGUGCUGAACCCGAGAAACCUCAGGCCAAUAAACCUGCUCUGAAUAAUUUUUGUGAGGCUCGUGAAGGUGAAGUGAGAUGUGUGGCUGAGCCCCCUUGGGGAUGGAGGCUCUGCACGCCCGGCACCCUGAGCACACCGCGGGGACUGCAAGGGCACAGGGCACCUGCAGCGGGCACCUCCGGGUGGCUCUGCAAGCUGCUUGCUGCUCCAUGUGCCCGCAGGCAGAGAGCACUCGGCAUCUCACAACUGCAAAACGUCAUGAUUUCUGAAUCCAAUGUGGCCAAGUUGUCAUGGCAAUUAUCAAAUAAAUGUUGUUAUUUCCUGCAAAGAUGUGUUUUUUAUAAUGCUCUAAGCUAUACUUUAAGCAACUACUUUGUGUAUGCCGUCUAGCCAAACAAGCUGUAAAAGAAGCUAAGUGCCAAUUAAAACAUUGGGAAGAAGCUCUCUUGCAUGAACUCAGCGAGGUACUGUAGCAUACAUAAUCUCUCUUAAACAAAUUCAGAAAUGUUGCUUUUCAUUUCCAAUAUGCUAUAGCAACACCUGGUUUAUGGGAACCAGGAUACCCCUGUAGAAAAUCAACAAUGGUGUGUUUUUGGAAAACUACCCAGUUUAUUUUUAAUGUAAUUGUUCCAGACCAAGUUAAGAACAAACUGAAUGAAAGGCUUUUGAAAAUUAUCCCACUGGUAGCAUUAGACAAUAGAGAAGAUCAACUAAACUGCUUGCUGUUAAUUACAUAUUUACUGUUACCAAGGAGGAAGUACUUAGUAGCUUUGGUAUCAAAUUCUAUUACUCCUCCAAGAAAAGAUUUGAAGCAAUUUGGCUGAUUAUACUUCCCUAAGUUUACUCAUUCUGUAUUGUUUAUACUUCCGUAUGUUUAAAUCAAUUGUACUGUGGGAGAAAACAAAUACAUGGGUUUUUUUUCCUGUUUAUUUCUUUCCACAAUCUUCUGCUUCUUUACGUGUGCAUAGACUUGAAUUUUCUGUUAUUUCUUUCUGUUAUUCUCUUCUGUUAUGUAGGGGUUAUAAUGGCAAGGCUCCUAAAUAUAUGCAACCUUGCCAAGGUAAUAAGAAUGUGGAGAGGAGAACCAGCAGUAGCUGUAGGUAGGUAAGGUACUAACCCUUGAAUUUAAAUUUCUUUUCAAAUUUUUAUUUCGACAGUGUGCACAUUUUCCAGCAUUUGGAAGGGGUCUGCUGUUGAUAUCCAUGUUCCCCUGUUUUUUAUUUUUACCUAUCAAAGCCAGGGAUUUUUUGUUCUUUUUCAUCUCGCAGGACUUUUUUACUUUUAUUGUGCCUCUGUGGAAAAUGAAAGAGUAAAGCACUUCAAGAGGCCAGCAUUUGGGUAUCCUGCUGUUGCCUUCAGCUCCAUCUCCGCUGCUAAACAGUGGGAGUGAAGGCUUACCAGCCUUUUAAACUUACUAGGAUUCAGUUUUCAGUGUGCAAAUAUUAAGUAGCAGCACCAAGUCAGCUCUGGGAUUAAGGGACAGCUUCGGAAGCAGCAUGAGAUCUACCUUUUUUUCUUCUUCACAAGAGGAUGUAGUAUGCUCUGCUUUACCUGAUGCAAAAUUAUUUUGAUUUUCCUCUUCUUUCCUCUGAUGAAAUUGCCUGCUCGAGCUGUAUUACUGAAUGCUCAGGAAAAUGCUGAAAGAAUGUGUCAGAUCCUCGGAGAAAAACAAAGGCGUGAUGCAAGAUAUAUAAAGGAUAGCUCCCGUGUUUAAGGGACAGAAAAAAAUGCUUAGAUCAGAUAAAACCCACGUGAAACCUGGUGUCCUGGAGCCCAUACCAGCAGCCGAGCCACUCAGGAAGACAAGUGCACAACAGGUUUGGUGCUGGUGCAGCUGGUACAGUGGAUGCACCCUUAGAAAUAAUGAGGCCAACUCAUAAUAAAUGGAGUCUUGUUGGGAAUAUAACCGCUUGCUGGCAUGCAUGCAAUGUCGUCUGGUCCUCUAUUGGAAAGAAGCAGGAAUAAGCAAGCCUUUGCUGCUUAGCCCAGCUGAGCAGGAUGUGGUUGGUUUGCCUGAGCUUUUGGGACCGCAGUAGCUCUGAAGGCUGUGUUCACGUGCAACACACAAGAAGCUGUCCUUCGGUGACUUGCUUCCCACAGCUCUGGACGUCACUCGAGGACUGGAAGUACAUGAUGAGGACAUGCUAGGACAUCAGUAACAUGGCGUAGAGGAGAACAAGGUGGAAAUGGCAUUUUGAAAAGUGUUUAAGCACAGCUGCUUCUGUUGAACAGGUGACAUGUCAAAAGUUUCGUGGGAUUUAUGGGCCCAGCUCCUGACUUUUUAAUAAGAAGGAUGACAGCAGGAUUCAGUCAUUCGUGCUGUGGAUGGGCCGUCAUCUAUUACACUUCAAGUCCUGCCAUUUCCUCUCUCCUGAACACUACCUAGCCUGGGAUUUGGAGUUAGUUUAGAGAAUAUGAAAAGAAAGCUCCUCUGUGACAGGCUACUUUGAAAGUUUGCCUUUUUUUUUUUAAUGGCAGCUAUUUGCUUGAAUUUCUCUGAAUACAUUACAUUUAUAAAAGCUUCAAGGAAUGGUUGGUGAAGGGGCACGAAGAACACAGUUAAGCACAGCAUCUGCAAGAAAUGUGGCACAAGGUGUGAUAGACCAGGAUGCUUACCCACCUCUAUUCCCUUGGUCACUCUGAAAAAACUAGUGCAUUUGUCAAAUGACAAAAUGAAGCACCGUAGUGAGUUAACUGAGAGACGUCAAAAGAAAUGGAAAACUUGCAGUCCCAGAGUUCUGCUCUAUUUCCUGCAAACCUGUAUGCAAUCAAGAGAACUGCUUACCUGCCUGUCUGUGGAGGAUCUUACAUCUGUAUUUAAGAUUCCUCAAGUAGAUGAUUUGGAACAGCUUGAUGAUUAUCUUGGAGAGUUACUUAAACAAAAUGCAGAUUUCUUUGGCAUGUUAAUCUUGUCUUCUGCAAGGACAAACACAACAGAGGAUGGAUUUAUAGACUUCUUGGAGUUCAUAGCUGCAAUAAAUUUGGUUAUACGAGGGAAAAUUGACCAAAAAUUGAAAUGGUACUUUAAGCUGUAUGAUGCUGAUGGAAACGGAUGUAUUGACAAAAAAGAACUAUUAAGCAUAUUCACGGCUAUCCAGGCUAUUAGCGGCCAGACUGACAUGUCUGCUGAAGAAUUCACAAACAUGGUAUUUCAGAAGAUAGAUGUGAACAAUGAUGGGGAACUGACUUUAGAAGAGUUUAUCACUGGUGUGGAAAGAGAUGGCAAUCUAAUGGAAUUGAUUACAAAAAGUUUUGACCUUUCCAACGUACUCAAAGUCAUACAGAACGGCAGGAGGCACAGCAUCUGAAGGCUUCAGUGAUGGAUGUAGCAUCUGUGUCAUCAUUUGCAAGGAAGAUAACAUUUGAUACAAUCAGGGAGCUUCAUCUUGUCAAAGUCUGCCCGGACAAUACCAGACACCCAGCUCCAGGAAUAUUUCUCCCUCAGAAUUUUCACUUUUGACUCCAUGUCUCUCCUUUUCUUUGUUCUUUCUUUCAUUAAUGACUGCGGCAGCUACAGGACACAAACUUUUGCCCACACAUAAAAACUAUCUGAUGUAGUACAAAUAACUUAUUUGGUCUCUAUGAACAUUGUUUAGAGUGAUUGAAAAAACAAUGGCAAUAUCACAAAAUACAACCUUUCUAGAAGACAGAGUUAACACAUUUCUUCUUCUACACACAGGUUCUUUAACCUACUAUUUAAAAUGUGGUAAUAAACUUCUAGAUAGGAUUAUCUUCUAUCUGGAUCAAUUAAGAAUGAAGCCUUGUUUGCAUUAACUUAACAUUUGCGCUAAUCAGUGCUCAGAAUAGGACUGGAUUAUCUGGGAAACACUUCAAGCAGCUUAAUAUUCCAGAGACAUGCAUCCUCUUUAAAAAGCUGUUUAUCACUCUUGACUGUAUUACAUCUGUCAAUUAAAAUAAUGGGAUGUUUUUCUGAUGGGGGAGGUGUCAGCUACUCUUCAUUCAAAUUAACCUUUGUAGAAGCACUGGAAUGAAAAUUUGUUACAAUAAUCUUUGUAGAGUAAAAGUAGAAGUUCAAAGAAUAGCUAAAACCAAAUUAUUUUGUAAGGACCAGAACAAAUGUCAUUUGGUCUCCCAGAGAUUUGUGUCCUUUGACUUCUAUGUCCUCCUUUUCAAAACAAUUCCACUUCUCAUGGGACUCUUUGCCACAGCUGCAAGAGACAAAAGGUAAGAGGUGUCAUGACCGGUACAUGCUGAUGGGACUGCUGGCUUCUGCCAAACAGACUGUUUAACAGUUGAAUUCUUCCUGACUUUCCCUCACAGGGAAUAGUAAUUUAGAUAUUUUUGCUCUGCCCAGAUACCUGGGGAAAAGCUUUUAACAAUUCAGUCUCUCUGAGACUUCUACCUUCUUCCAAAUUGGGUUGCAAUCAUCUCUGAAUCUGGUAGCUGUUUGGAGCAAGGGGAAGGGAUUCACAGGCUGCACGAUCACAUAUGCCUCAUUUUCUUGGGAAGUCACGCUAAAGACAACUGAACCUUACCAUAUAAGUAACAAGAUUAAUUCUAUGAGCUGAAAUGAGACUGCAUGAGCUGGCUGCAAAGGGAAAAUUGCAGUUCUCUCUGGUUCUCUUGGGACAGAUUGUCUCUCAAGUCUGCAACAGGUUUUAUAUAAUUACAACAUUAUAUCAUAAGAGUAAGUUCUUCUUGGCUGGCAGUGUCCUGCAGGCAUCACAAUAAUGCUAGUUUUUGUCAGAAGUAUCAGCUUUAUGCAAAAUAAUUUGUGCAUGGAUCGUUGCAGGAUGAAGGAAACAAUUAUUAAGACUUCAAUAUGAAAAUGUUUUUCUUCCUAAUGCGCUUCAAAUCCAUGUCCAUUUGCACAGAUAAAAUGUCUUCCAUCUCUGUGAUUAUUAUCCUAGUUUCUGGUUUGAUCAAUAGAAUGUACUAAGAGUAUGCAACAAGCAUCACUUGACAUUAUAAACAGUUCUGACAUUAUAGUUCUGACAUUUGCAUUUUGUAUAUCCUUUCUAAAAAAAGAAAAUGAUGCAUGA